AUGCCAGUUAACAAGGUCUUUGACACUGCUAUGGUGAUGCUGACUAAGUUUCAACAGAAAUUUCCUGGCCAUGGUCCAAAACUGAAGCAAUCUCCUGCUAGAUGGAAGCCUCCAACAACAGGGGAGUUGAAAGCAAACUUUGAUGGGGCAGUGUUUGUUAACACGGGUGAAGCUGGUAUUGGGGUUGUAAUCCGGAAUGAAUUUGGGGAAGUUAUGGCAGCACUAUCUGAAAAAAUUGCUUUUCCGUCAUCGGUGGAAACUCUAGAGUUGUUAGCAGCAAGAAGAGCAGCCGUGUUUGUAGUGGAACUUGGCUUACAGCAAAUCAGUUUUAAAGGUGUUGCUGAAGGGGUGAUAAAAGCCUUGUCGCAAAGGGAUGUAACACAUUCAUCUGUUGGCCAUAUAGUAAAAGACUUCAGGUCUAUAGCAAGUUCCUUAGGAACUUUUUCACUCUCCCAUACUAGGAGGCAAGGCAACAAUGUUGCUCAUGCUUUAGCACGGAGAGCUCUUUUUUUUUUUCCUUUGUUAGUUUGGGUGGAAAAUGUCCCACCAAACAUUUUACAAUUUGUUCUUGAUGAUUUUCCUAGUUAA